GCUGCUGUUCACAUGAGCUCCUGCCAUCGUCAUUACUGCUGACGCUGUAUAUUUCCGGGUCUGACACUUAGACCUAUCUUGCAGGAGGAACGUUCGGCGUUGAUGUAACCGUGUAACCGUGUCAAAGCAUAGCAGUACCCUCUGAAUCUUUGCGACGUAGCCAUAUAAAAGGCCUUCGUAUCAAGUAGCUACAGAACAACAAUGUUCCCUCUUAGCUUCGAAUCGCUGCAUACUGACGUCCCGACAGUCAUCACAACUGUGGUUGCGUUGGUCGUCUUGGUUCAUCUGGUCCCCUACCUCAUCGACUCUCAUCGACUUCGCUCGUAUCCCGGUCCUCUGCUCGCCAAAUUUUCUGAUGCGUGGCUAGCAUAUGUAGCUUACCAAGGACAUCGUUCGGAGGUCGUUUAUGAUCUGCAUCGCAAAUAUGGUCCCUUUGUCCGCAUAGCGCCCAAUCACAUUUCUGUGGCCCUAUCGGAUGCGCAGCCCUUGGUAUACGGGCACGGAAGUGAGGCACUGAAGUCGUCGUUCUAUGAUGUGUUUGCGAGAACAUCCCAUGGAAUAUUUGACAUUCGCGAUCGCCAUGCGCAUACUCGCAAACGAAAGAUCAUCUCGCAUACUUUUUCACCGAAGAGCGUCCUCGAGUUUGAGCCGCACGUACGCAGUUACAUCAGUCAACUCCUAGGACAGUGGGACAAGCUAUAUGACAAGGCUCUCAAAGGAAUGUCGGGGGAGGAAGGUGAAGGCUGGACGGGUCGUGAUGGGAGGAUGUGGUUUGACUGCUUGCCAUGGGCAAACUAUCUUACGUUCGAUAUCAUCGGUGAGCUGGUGUUUGGUGCACCAUUCGGGAUGAUUGCAGCAGCGAAAGAUUUUGCUCUGGUUCCUAAAGAUCAACAUGCCGUGUUGAGCUCUUACGGGAAAGUAGGGGCAAAGUAUGCCACAAGGGAGAUCGAGGUUAUCAAGACUUUGAACAGAUUAGCGCCCUUCCUGGCGACAGCGGGACCUCUACCUGGGUGGUGGAGGCCAUUGGUGAAGUGCACUCCAUGGCUAUGGCAGGCUGGAAAAGACUUCGACGUCAUAGUAGGGAUGGCAACGGUGGCGAUAGGGAAGAGGUUGGAAGCACCAGCAGGCAGGAAUGAUUUGCUUAGCAAGCUGCUAGCCGCGAAAGAUGAAGAUGGCAAUCCCAUGGGUCACGAAGAACUCACUGCAGAAGCACUGACGCUUCUCAUUGCAGGAUCUGAUACCACUUCCAACUCCGCUAGCACCAUCAUCUACUACCUCGCGCGUACACCGAACGCACAAGAAAAACUUCAGAAAGAGCUGGACGAGCACCUGGACUCUGACGUCGCUACAGCCGAGCAGGUGAAGAAUCUCCCUUACCUGCAGGCUGUCAUCAACGAGGGAUUACGAUUGUACUCAACGGUGGCUAUUGGGCUUCCCCGUGUAGUACCUGAGGGUGGGAUGACGAUUUUAGGAAACCACUUCCCUGCUGGCACGGUUGUAAGCAUCCCGAGUUAUACAAUCAAUCGGGACCCAGCGGUGUUUGGGGACGAUGUCGAGGAGUUCAGACCUGAGAGAUGGUUUGAAGGUGACAGUGACAGCAUGUCGAAGGCGUUUGCUCCGUUCUCUGUUGGUCCCCGGGCAUGUAUCGGGCGUAAUAUGGCGAGCAUGGAGCUGCAAAUUAUCAUCGGGUCGAUUAUGAGGCGCUUCCAUUUCGUGUUGGAGAAUCCUGAUGAAAUUUUCGAGAUACACGAAGGCUUCGUGAGGAAACCCAUUACUUGUCGCGUUGGUAUGCGGCGACGUGAAGUGCUUUAAAUUAUCACGAAGAU